UGCAUUGAAUAGUCAAAAACGAACCCGUUUACAAAGUCAUUCGGUAAACAGUCCGUAGUUUUGACGUCCGAUCAAUUUUUCGGUGCCGGUGAUCCUAUCCAUAGCAAAAAACCUCUGAAUUUCACAAUUGAAAUUAGGUUUUAUUAAAUGGGUGAAAUUGAGGAGAAUAAAAUGGUAGAAAUAUUUCUCAAAAUAAUCGGUCCUUCUCCACCUUGUCGCCUUAAUGUUCCUUCUUCUAUCAAGGUACAUGAAUUGAGAAAGAUGAUUGCUGGGAAUCGACAUAUGCCUAUUGAAAACUUAAGACUUGUUCUGCGAGGAAAUGUAUUGCAUGAUAGUGAAAGUGGAGAUGAUGUAACAGUCCAACUCAACAACGGAGAUUCACUGAUUGUUGCUGUCAAACCAAAGCCACCUCCUAAGCAUUUUCGUGAUGAAUUUGAGGAUGACGAUGAUGAUGAGCUGAGGUUUCAGUUACACCCAUCAACUAGUAAGUGGAAGAAGAAGCUUUUUUAUUUACUACGUGAAAAACUGAAAUUUCCAGAUAUGCUUUUGAUGGUAAUUUUCUCCAUCAGUCCAAAGGCUUGGGUUAUUAUCUUGACUUGGUUCAUUCUGGCCUCUAUUGCGCGAAGAUAUGAAGUUGCACCUUUAUUUUUACUGGCGACUGGAUUCGGCCUCAUCUUUUAUAAUCUUGGACACCGGAAGCAGGGAGAACUUAGUGCAUAUUCUGUAUUCAAUGAAGAUUUUCGAGAAAUUCCAGGAACCCUUAAUGCAGAACAUAUUGACAGAGAUAUUCGGGCAGGCCGAUUUUGAGUCAGACUUUCAACAUUCAAAUGA